CUUGGUUGCAUCCCUUCUUCAGGGAAAAGGGGACAGGAUAGCCAAAAAUCGUAUGAGUGAGUAUUGUAGAUGCCCUCAGAGGACCUCAGGUGCUCUUUUGCAGGUGUUUUUUUUUUGCGGAUGCAGCUAAAAUAAGCCACUGCAGAAGAUAAGAGCAAGGCUUAGGUGGUCGAUACAAGCAGUGAAAGUGGCUGCAUAGCGUCGCCGCUUGUUAUUGUUUCAUUGUAGAGCUACAGGCCUGCCUGGAGACAGCUGUUGUGGUUUUAUCUUCAUCCUUCCUGACUGAUGGACGUCCUCGGCUUCGUGUGUGCCGUGCUUAUGUGCGCUGCUGCGGUGCAAAGCAAGCCCACUUUAAGAAAAGACAGAGUCCAUCAUGAACCAGAGCUGAGCAGACAAGGCCACGAAGACAAUAAGAGCUACCAGUACGACCAUGAGGCCUUUCUGGGCAAAGAGGAGGCAAAGACGUUUGAUCAGCUCACACCAGAGGAGAGCAAAGACAGGCUUAGUAAAAUAGUGGACCGGAUAGACAGUAACACUGAUGGCUACAUCACCACAAAUGAACUGAAGGCAUGGAUAAAGCGUGUCCAGAAGCGUUAUGUUUAUGAGAAUGUGGCAAAGGUAUGGAGUGAUUACGACCUGAACAAAGACAACAAGAUUUCAUGGGAUGAAUACAAGCAAGCCACAUAUGGAUACUACCUUGCCAACCCUGAGGAGUUUGACGAAUCGACAGACCAGUUCAGCUUUAAGAAGAUGCUCCCUCGUGAUGAGAGGAGGUUUAAAGCAGCUGAUCUGAACAAAGACUUGACAGCAGACAGAGAGGAGUUCACAUCCUUCCUCCACCCUGAGGAGUUCGAGCACAUGAGGGAUAUUGUGGUUCUGGAAACCCUGGAGGACAUUGAUAAGAACGGCGAUGGACAUGUGGAUGAAGAUGAGUAUAUUGCUGACAUGUUUGCACAUGAGGAUGGAGGUCCAGAGCCCGACUGGGUCAAAACUGAAAGGGAACAGUUCUCUGACUUCAGAGACUUGAACAAAGACGGUAAGAUGGACCUAGACGAGAUCCGCCACUGGAUUAUGCCACAAGACUACGACCACGCCCAGGCCGAGGCCAGACACCUGGUGUACGAGUCUGACCAAGACAAGGACCAGAUGCUGACCAAAGAUGAGAUCCUAGAAAACUGGAACAUGUUUGUGGGAAGUCAGGCCACCAACUACGGAGAAGACCUCACCAGGAACCACGAUGAGCUCUGAGCUCUCAGUGCUCUCCUGACGAGUAUGUGAGAAGAGGGUUGAUAACAUCUUCGUCUUCUUAGACAGAACCACGAACUCCUCUGAACAUCCCUACAGCCUCCACUCCAUCCUCUCCUCAUGAGAACAGGACGGAUGUCAGCACGAGUGACUGUAAACAAACACUGUAGAGACCAAACCAGAGAGGGGGUGGGUGUCUGCUCACCUUCAACUCUAAGGGUCUAUCAUAGUUUUGUUUCUGACAUUCAGGAGCAAAGCCAGGCCCAGUGGACUCAGCUCUCCAUUAACGGUGCCUUCUAGCCGCGUCGUCGGCUCUGCUGCCUCAGAGAUCUGUGUACAUAGUCGUCAAUGAAACAAAGCUGAAUGCAGAGCUUUCCAUGGGUAUUCAGACACAGGAAGAGUUUUCAGAGCAAUGUUAAUGUGAAACUUAAGCAAAGAAAGAACAUUUUAUUCAGAUUUUAUUUAUUUAUCAAAUGUUCUAUGAACUUUGAGAAUGAAAACAUGUUGAAGUAGAUUUAAGACAUAAACAAUACUUCUUUGUUUACAGUUUUUCUUGCCAAAUGAUUUAAAUGUUUAUAUCUGUUUAGUUAAAUGCUUUUAAACUGUUUAUUAAAGAUGUUUAAUGGCAUGGCUUUGCACGCCUUGGUUUUCGUGCCCGUGAAUUUUUGUUCUCUAUUAGUUUGAUGUAUUUAUUGGUUUAUUCCAGAGUUAGCUGCAUCUUAAGUUUAAAUUGACCUUUAUUGAUGUUACAUUUGAACUUUACUGUUUACAAUGGUCUAAUUUAAGAAUAUGUUUAAGUGCUUUAUUGGCUUUUAUAUGUAAGACUUUAAUAGGAAAUGCUUACUUUGGUUAACUUUCACAUAGAGAUAUCUUUUUGCACCACUCCAAGGUCAUCUCUCGUAUUGCAUGUUCUGAUAGUUUUUCCACAGCUUGUAUGACGGCUAGUUUUUUCACUCAUCAUUUUUUCACAGAUCAUCUUUUACAUGUUUUUCUUACUUUUGACUUUACUCUGUUACACAUGUGCAUUAAUGCCUUUAUUUCCACACUGCAGAUGUCAAUGAAAUGUCUUAUAAUAAAGUUUGUGUAUUUUGUUUAA